UCCGCACUUCGGCAGUGGUGCUGGGAGCCUCGCGGGCGCGGCGCCGUUACUCACAGUCGGGCGGCGGCAGCGGCACAGCGCUGAGCGCACAUCGCGCCUUAGCAGCAGCAGCUACAGCAGCGGAGGCACCCCCCGCCGUCACAGCCCCUGCGCUGGUGCAGCCACCCUCGCUCCCUCUGCUCUUCUUCCCUUCGCUCGCACCAUGGCUGAUCAGCUCACCGAAGAACAGAUCGCUGAGUUCAAGGAAGCUUUCUCCCUAUUUGACAAAGAUGGCGACGGCACCAUCACAACAAAGGAACUCGGAACUGUCAUGAGGUCACUGGGUCAGAACCCAACAGAAGCCGAAUUGCAGGAUAUGAUCAACGAGGUGGAUGCUGACGGUAAUGGCACCAUUGACUUCCCGGAAUUCUUGACUAUGAUGGCUAGAAAAAUGAAAGAUACAGACAGCGAAGAAGAAAUUCGCGAGGCAUUCCGAGUCUUUGACAAGGAUGGCAACGGUUACAUCAGUGCGGCAGAGCUUCGUCAUGUCAUGACCAACUUAGGGGAGAAACUAACAGAUGAAGAAGUAGAUGAAAUGAUCAGAGAAGCAGAUAUUGAUGGAGACGGGCAAGUCAACUAUGAAGAAUUCGUACAGAUGAUGACUGCAAAAUGAAGGCCUACUUUCAACUCCUUUCCCCCCCCCUUCUAGAAGAAUCAAAUUGAAUCUUUUACUUACCUCUUGCAAAAAAAAAAAAAAAAGUUCAUUUACUCAUUCUGUUUCUAUAUAGCAAAACUGAAUGUCAAAAGUACCUUCUGUCCACACACACAAAAUCUGCAUGUAUUGGUUGGUGGUCCUGUCCCCUAAAGAUCAAGCUACACAUCAGUUUUACGACAUAAAUACUUGUCCUACCUUAAUGAUAAGGAAGCACCUAGUGGACUCCUCGCGGUUCCAUUUGCUCAUGAUUAAUACACUGGGCUGGCCAGUUUUUCAUGCAUGCAGCUUGACAAUUGAGCACAGUCAGGCAUUUGUAUUAAAAACGAAAAAUGAAAAAAAUUGAAAACUUCUUCAAAUGGGUUCUAGUUCAAUUUGUUAGUAUAAAAUUGUCAUAGCUGGUUUACUGAAAACAAACAUUUUAAAUUGGUUUACCUCAGGAUGCUGUGCAGAGAAAUGGGUGAAGGAUAAGCUGUCUAGACGUAGCCCCACUUAGCAGGACGGCCCUCUCAUACUUCUGGGUGCCCCCAUCCUUGGUGACCAUGACGCUCAUCUGGGUGGCAUGCCUCACAUGUUGGUUUAGCGUUGUCCGCGUUGUCCUGGAGUGACAUGGGUGUCAGGCUGUCACCAUUCACACAAAUUUAAAACAACAACAACAACAAAAAAACCUUUACCAAGGGAGCAUCUUUGGACUCUCUGUUUUUAAAACCUCCUGAACCAUGACUUGGAGCCAGCAGAGUAGGCUGGGGCUGUGGACUUCAGCACAGGCAUCAACAUUGCUGAUCAAGGAAUUACAAUUUACGUCCAUUCCAAGUUGUAAAUGCUAGUCUUUUUUUUUUUUUUCCAAUAAAAAAAGACCAUUAACUUAAAGUGGUGUUAAAUGCUUUGUAAAGCUGAGAUCUCAACGGGGACAAGGCAAUCGGAGGAGAGGUCAGUACCUUUAAAAGCCCGCAGCCCAGCAUUGGGCUUCUUGCCCGCCCGCCCUCCCUCCCUCCCUCCUGACAUCCCAGCACCAACCUCUGAGCCUGAGACCUUGCCUAAAACCGGGCAGAUAGCAAUUGCUUCAUCCUAUCUACGGACAUGUAGGUCUACUUGUAUUUUCACUGGGGGGGCGGGUGGGGGGGGAGUGAACCCUGUUUAACUUAAUGAUAAUUCAGGCAGUGGCGCUCUUUAAUGAAGGAAAAAAAAAACCACUUUUUCUCAAGCAUGUACUUAGGGGUUCUUCUCAAAUCGUGCUGCUGAUUACCUGUUUUAUGUAACUACUUGAGACCAUCUGUGCAAAGAGACAUGAUUUAGUGUGUCUGUCUGUAAUUUAAUCCUUGCUGUGUGGUAGAAGCAGUAGUCCCUUCUAAGCCAGUCUUUCUGCCUAAAAGACACUACCGAUCACCUUCGAGUCAUGAUUUUUAAUUUAUGAUGAUGACUUCCCUCAGCCUCCUUUUCCUUUUUUUUUUUUUUUUUCUUUCUUCCAAAGUUGACUUCGCUUCCUCCCUGCCUCCCCCCCCCCCCCACCCCCCAAGCAGAACUAAAGCUAGCCUCCAGCUUGAAAGUAAAACUCGAGCCUGGAGGGGAUUUUGUGUCUAAUUAUAAACCUGUAACCAAAACUGAGAUGCUGGUACUGGUCUUUGCAGUGGGAUUGGUGUGCUUUAAAAACCCCUUUAAAGGAAUAUUGCGUCUAGUGCAGAACUCUUCUGAAAUGUAGCCUGGAUGUGCAUUUGGUGUCUCCCCAGGAAGGAGAGUUGGGUUUUUGAGUGUCUGUGGGAGGUUUUAAUUUGCCAGGGAACCACGGCAGGCUGCUUCCGAGGCAGCGAGAAGCUCUUGGCAGCCAGAUGGGUGCGUUCGGGGCUGAUUUUUAGAGACCCUUGGCUUCUCCCUCUCCUACUCCCUGUCUUUCUGGCGUUUUGCAGCUUGUUAGAUUUCCUGCCAGAGGGACAGGUCAGAGCAGUGGAGAGGAGCCCGCCCAUCUACUUCUGCCGUUGGUCCUUAGACUGGGUGGUUGUAGAGGAGACCUGGAGCUGGAGGGGACUUGUCAGAUUCCCCGAAUCUGGAAGGAACACCUUGGAGGUUCUUCAGGUGAGAGAGGGAGAACCGGGGGUUCCUGAGUGUUUCUUUUUGGGAGGCCACAUGUUGACCCAUCUCAGGCCUGUGUCCGAUGGCUUCUUGGUAGUUUCAAAGAGAGUUGGGGGUAAUUUAACUUUUUAAAACUUUGCCUUCUGUCUUAACUCUUCUGUCAAGUCUUUCUAGAAGCUGGGUGGGCUCCAUUUUUGUGGUCCCACAGUCCUUCCGAAAAGACUGCUUUUGAAAAAACCAGAUUCUUAACAUGGCCAGCAUCCUGUAUGGGAAGCGAAGCCUUUCCCCCCCUGGGGAGUGCUGAGUCCCAACUUGGUGCAGGGGGCAGCCCGGUCCCAGGAGCUGUUUUCCCUCUGGCUUUUGAGGGGAAGACCAGCCCAGAUCGGGUGUUUGCAGGCUGCAGCAUGCGUUUGUGAGAGGAAAUAGCCAGGUGUUGGGUCCGUACCCUUAAAAGUUGGUUAGCACCUCCCUGUAAACUCUUGCCCCUUACUUCUAACUGCUCUAUAAAUAUAUACAUAUAUUUAUAUAUAUAAAGUGACUAGUUUAACUGGCAUCCUGCUUGAGCCUGAGACUUGCCGUUAGAAACUGCUGAGUCCUUGGCAAGCACUUUCAUAGUUUUGUUCUCCAUCUGUCGGGGGUAGGUGUUGAGCGAGGCAAAUGCAUCUCGAUGUUUCAGAUGGGCUCUUGACGCACUCUUGCCAGGAAAGGCUUUUUCUGAUUUUUAGACAAAUGAAUUUUUGCACACUUCAAUUGGUGUCUUUCGGCAACUUAAAACACAUUGAAAAUUAGCUACUGUACAUAUUUUUAUAUUCUCUUUAUAAAUGCAUGUCUGACUCCUACCUGUAACCUGUGUUGUGACAAGUGGCCGUCCAGUAGGCCUCCCGAGUGCCGCUGUGGCCCGUCAGCGUACCCGCGUAUUACCAGCCCCGCAGCAUACUGGGAACUUCUUCCUCAACAAAGAAUGUAAAUUUGGUCAAAAGUCUGCUCUUUGGUUUACUCGAUUAAUUUUAGACAUUGGAAUUAAUUAUUAUAUAUCCAAACUACAUUCCCCCUUUUGGCAGUGACGAGUUUCCACGAACGUGUCUUAACCUAUCCCCUUCAGCUGGAAGUUAGUGUUUUUCUUUCUUUCCAAUCCCUCGAGGUUGUCUUGUAGGAGACAGAAAUCCUUCGCUGUCUGGAUCCCUUGGAGUAAGAAGGUAGCGGCGCGGGUGGAGCGUGUGGUCUUUCUCCAGCUCUUGUGAGGUUCCUUAAACCACGUCCGUAGCAAAGAUGGUGGUAGUCCUGGUAACAGAAGUUACCCUUCACCGUGGCAAUUGGACAAGGAGAUGUACUUGAACGUUUUCUGUAAAUCUUGAGAUAAACUGUUUGGAGAUUUAACCACCUCUCUGAUGGGGGACCAACUCUAUGGAAAUUGUAAAUAAGUUUUAUUUAUAAACCUGGCACUGUAUUCAAUAAACAUUUCUGCAGCCUUUCA